CCACCUCGAUUCUUAUCAGAGUGACGCUGGUGAACCGGGCCAUCGCGUUCACUGCAGCGCAGGAAUGGCGAGUCGAGGGGACUAACUGAGGAGGAGGAGAGGGGGAAACCCUCAGCAGCGAACGACGCAGACAGCCCGCGAGCGACCGCGACAGCCGCACGAGCGAGCGACCGCGGUCAUCGCAAGCUCGUCGCGUUCAGGGCUGCGUGCAUGGCGGCCCCGCGCGGCGGUCCCCCGGGGGCCGAUGGGCGCCAGCGCUCCAUGUCCACGUCCGGCGAGAGCCUCUACCUCAUGCUGGGCCUGCGCAAGGGUGCCACGCCCGACGACAUCAAGAAGGCGUACAGGAAGCUGGCGCUGAAGUUCCACCCGGACAAGAACCCGGAUGACCCAACCGCGUCGGAGAAGUUUCAGGAGAUCAACAGCGCCAACAGCAUCCUGUCGGACCCCACGAAGAAGAGCGUCUACGAUCAAUACGGCUCGAUGGGCCUCUACAUCGCAGAGCAGUUCGGGGAGGAGAACGUGAACACGUACUUCGUGCUCUCCAGCCCCUGGGUCAAGGCCUGCUUCGUGGUGUGUGGGAUCCUCACCGCCUGCUACUGCUGCUGCUGCCUGUGCUGCUGCUGCAACUGCUGCUGCGGGCACUGCAAACCGGACCCUCCCCACGAGUUCACGGACGGUGGUGGCGUCCCACCCAGCGACGACCUCGAUUCACACGUAGGUGACGAUGGUGACGGUGAUGGUGGUGGUGGUGGUGAUGACGACACGGUACCGAUAAUCGUGCAGCAACCUCGCCCAGCCACGGAGAGCUCCCAACUCCACACGGACCCCAGCCCUGGCUACAGCUCCAUGGCCUCUCCCACCGAUAACUGAGCUCGCUACGGAUACGGCGACACACCUGCCACGGAUACACACAUACACACAUACACACCUGCCACGGAUACAAACACACACACACACACCACGGAUACACACACACCCACCACGGCUACACAUACACACUCGCCACGGAUACACGUACGCACCCGCCACGGAUUCACACACACAUGCCAAGGAUACACUAUACCACCCAGCACGGAUUUACACACACACGCCAAGGAUACACUAUACCACCCAGCACGGAUUUACACACACACGCCAAGGAUAAAUGCCCGCCACGGAUACACACACAGAUUUUGCCAUGGCCAACCGAAACCCGGCAUUGCUAAUUGAUUGUGCCAAGGCCAACUGACCCCACCAAUGCUGGUCGACCUCAACACAGCUCGCUGAUACCACCACGGCUCACCGAAUCCCCUGCCCAUGGCUCACUGGACCCCGCCACUGUUCACCAAAACCGCCACGGCACACGAACCCACGCUGCGCCACAACAAUCCAUGGCAAAGUUAAUUCACCCUGCCGUGGCUGACUGACCCUUGCACAGCUCACCGAAUGGGGAAAACUCACCAGCCCGCAACACCGCCGUUUACCAGUCCCAAAAUUAUACAUCACUGAAUUGCCCGCGGCUCGCCAAUUCCACCACUGCUCACCGGACUGGCCACGGCUCGCUGGAUUGGCCACGGCUCACCGGACCCGCCACAGCUCACCGAUCCCACCAUAGCUCACCGGAGCAGCCAGCAUAACUCACCGGAUCAAGCAUGUCUGACCGGGCCCGACCACAGCUCUCGGGAUCCAGCAUGGCUCGCCAAACUCGCCACGGCUCACCGAUCCCACCAUAGCUCACCGAACCUGCCGUGGCUCACCAAUUCCACCAUAGCUCACCGAUCCCGCCAUGUUCACGAUCGCCACUGUGGCUCAAAAUGUUCAACAACAACAGCCAGUGGAACUUAGAAACAGCCAACCUGGGCCAGCAGACACGGCCAGAAAGGGCUGCCUGACACUCAACAGUAGAUAGCAUUAGAAAAAGAUAGCUAAACCCAGCUACAGCCAUGCUAACAAGCAACUACAGGCAAAACUACAAGCAACUACUGCCAACGUACAAGCCGAUACAGCCAAACCACAAAAUCUGCUACAGCCAAACUACAAUCAACUACAAACAAACUUCAGUAAUCUAUAUCCAAACUGCAGGCUGCUUCAACCAAUCUACCAGCCAAUACAGCCAAACUACAACCAACUACAAACAAACUCCAACAAAAUGCAGCUAAAUUCCAACAAACAGCCAAGCUACGACCAACUGCUGCCAAACUCCAGCCAAACUCAACAAAGUAUUAUAAACUGCAGCCAAACUCCAAGCAACCACAGUCAAACUACAAGCCACUAUAACAAACUACAGUCAAACUACAAGCCACUAUAACAAACUACAGUCAAACUACAGGCCACUAUAACAAACUACAGUCAGACUACAAGCCACUAUAACAAACCACAGUCAAACUACAGGCCACUAUAACAAACCACAGUCAAACUACAGGCCACUCUAACAAACCACACAGUCAAACUACAGGCCACUAUAACAAACCACACAGUCAAACUACAGGCCACUAUAACAAACUACAGUCAAACUACAGGCCACUAUAACAAACCACAGUCAAACUACAAGCCACUAUAACAAACCACACAGUCAAACUACAGGCCACUAUAACAAACCACACAGUCAAACUACAGGCCACUAUAACAAACUACAGUCAGACUACAAGCCACUAUAACAAACCACAGUCAAACUACAGGCCACUAUAACAAACCACAGUCAAACUACAGGCCACUAUAACAAACCACACAGUCAAACUACAAGCCACUAUAACAAACCACAGUCAAACUACAGGCCACUAUAACAAACCACACAGUCAAACUACAGGCCACUAUAACAAACUACAGUCAAACUACAAGCCACUAUAACAAACCACAGUCAAACUACAAGCCACUAUAACAAACUACAGUCAAACUACAGGCCACUAUAACAAACCACACACAG